AUGGGCUUAUUCAGAAGUUUUGUCUUCCUCUUAGGCCUAUGCCUGCUGCAGAGGUCCAAUACUUCCUUCAUUCAGCUGAAUGACAAUGGUUAUGAAGGCAUUAUCAUUGCUAUAGACCCUGCUGUGCCCGAAGAUGAAACACUAAUUGAGCAGAUAAAGGAAAUGGUGACUGCAGCAUCUACUUACCUGUUGGAAGCCACAGAAAAAAGAUUUUUUUUCAAAAAUGUAUCAAUAUUAGUUCCAGAGAAUUGGAAGAGCAAUACUCAGUACAAAAGGCCAAAACAUGAAAGCUACAAACAUGCUGACGUUUUGGUUGCACCACCUACCCUCCCAGGCAGGGAUGAACCAUAUACCAAGCAGUUCACAGCCUGUGAAGAAAAAGGAGAAUACAUUCAUCUCACUCCUGACUUCGUACUCGGAAAAAAACAAGAUGCAUAUGGACCGUCAGGCAGACUGUUUGUCCACGAGUGGGCCCACCUCCGCUGGGGGGUGUUUGAUGAGUACAAUGAUGAUGAGCCUUUCUACAGCGCUUCGUCAAAGAAAAUCGAAGCAACAAGGUGUUCCACAGGUAUUACCGGUAUCAACAGAGUUUACAAGUGCCAAGGAGACAGCUGUAUAACUAGUAGAUGCAAAACUGAUUCUAAGACAAAACUGUAUGAAAAAGAUUGUCAGUUCUUCCCUGAUAAAUAUCAAACUGAAAAGGCAUCCAUAAUGUUUAUGCAAAGUAUUGAUUCUGUCGUUGAAUUCUGUAAUGAAAAAAACCAUAACCGAGAAGCUCCAAGCCUACAAAACAAAAUGUGCGAUUCUAGAAGCACAUGGGAGGUGAUCAGCAAUUCUGAGGAUUUUAAAAACACAACGGCAAUGGUGACACAACCUCCUCCACCUGUCUUCUCGCUGCUGAAGAUCCAGGAAAGAAUUGUGUGCUUAGUUCUUGAUAAGUCUGGAAGCAUGCUAAAUUAUAACCGCCUAAACCGAAUGAAUCAAGCAGCCAAACAUUUCCUGCUGCAGACCGUUGAAAACGGAUCCUGGGUGGGGAUGGUGCACUUUGAUAGUUCUGCAAGCAUCAUAAGCAAUCUAAUCCAAAUAAGCAGCAGCAGCGAAAGAAACAAGCUCUUGGAGAGUUUACCUACACGUGCUGGUGGAGGAACCUCCAUCUGCUCUGGAAUUAGAACAGGAUUUCAGGUAAUUAGAAGCCUUUACUCCCAAAUAGAUGGAUCUGAAAUAGUACUGCUGACUGAUGGGGAAGAUAGCUCUGCAAAGACUUGUAUUGAAGAAGUGACAAAUAGUGGGGCCAUCAUUCAUUUUAUUGCUCUGGGAGAAAAUGCUGAUGAAGCAGUCAUAGAGAUGAGCAUCGUAACAGGGGGAAGCCACUUUUAUGCUUCGGAUGUAGCCGAGAACAAUGGCCUCAUCGAUUCUUUUGCUGCCCUUACAUCAGGAAACACCGGUGCUUCCCAGCAGUCCCUUCAGCUUGAAAGUAAGGGAUUAAAACUCAACAGUAAUGCCUGGAUGAAUGGCACUGUGGUAAUUGACAGCACUGUGGGAAAGGACACAUUCUUUCUCAUCACAUGGAACCAACAAUCUCCCACUAUUUCCCUCUGGGAUCCCAAUGGAACACCGAUGGAAAAUUUCACAGUGGACACAGAUUCCAAAAUGGCCUACCUCAAUAUUCCAGGAAAUGCAAAGGUGGGUGUUUGGACUUACAGCCUUCAAGCAAAAGUAGACACAGAAAUAUUAACUGUAACAGUAAAUUCUCGGGCAGCAAAUUCUUCCGUGCCUCCAAUCACAAUGAAUGCUAAAAUGAAUAAAGACACAAACAGCUUCCCCAGCCCAAUGAUUGUUUAUGCAGAAAUUCUACAAGGGUAUUUACCCAUUCUUGGAGCCAAUGUGACUGCUGUCAUUGAAUCACAGAGUGGGAAAACAGAAGUUUUGGAACUUUUGGAUAACGGUGCAGGUGCUGAUGUUUUCAAGGAUGAUGGGGUAUACUCAAGAUACUUUACAGCCUAUUCAGAGAACGGCAGAUACAGUUUAAAAGUACAGGCUCAUGGAGGAGACAGUGCUGUCACACGAAACUUAAGGCAUCCGCCGAACAGAGCUGCAUAUAUACCAGGCUGGGUAGUGAAUGGAAACAUUGAAGGGAAUCCACCAAGACCUGAAACUGAUGAAGACAUUCAGACAAACUUGGAGAGUUUCACCAGAACAGCAACAGGAGGUGCGUUUGUGGUUUCAAAUGUUCCAGCUGGUUCCUUACCUGACCUGUACCCACCAAGUCAAAUCACAGACCUUGAAGCCACAUCAGAUGAGGAUGAGAUCAGGCUAACGUGGACCGCACCAGGAGAUAAUUUUGAUGUUGGAAAAGUUCAACAGUAUAUCAUAAGAACAAGUGGAAGCAUCCUGGAUCUAAGAGACAAUUUUGAUGAUGCUCUGCAAGUAAAUACUACUGAUCUGUUACCAAACGAGGCCAACUCCAAGGAAACCUUUGUAUUCAAACCAGGAAACAUCUCAGAAGAAAAUGCAACGCACAUAUUCAUUGCCAUUCAGAGUGUGGAUAAAAGCAAUCUGACAUCAAAAAUAUCCAACAUUGCACAAGUACCUUUGUUUGUUCCCCAGGCAGAUGAAGAUCCUCUGCAUCCUGAUGACAGUCGCCCUAAUUCCGGAGUCAGCGUUUCUACCGUGGUGCUGUCAGUAGUUGGCUCUGUGGUCGUUGUUGCUGUGGUUUUGAGCACCACCAUUUGUAUCUUAAGCAAGAAAAAAAAUUCUAGUAGACCUAGAACAGGGUUUUAA